AUGUCAGACCUCGAACAACACGACUUCAGUAACAAUAACAACAAUAACCAAGAUGCAGGUGACUCCGCUGCUCCAGCUACCCUCUCACCAACCACAGGCGAAGAAGCAACCAGCGCAGGAGAUGAAGUUGUUAAAAGCAAUUCAGAACAACCAAAAGAAGAAAAACUGGAAGAUGCCAAGAACCGUAUUAAUAUAAGGGUAAGUGAUGGAAAUGGUGAAGUUUACUUUAAGGUUAAACGAUCUACGCCAAUGAAGAAGAUUAUAGAAGCAUUUUGCAAAAAACAAUCGAGAGAUGAAAGUUCAUUGCGGUUUUUAUUUGAUGGUACGAGAAUUGAUCCUAAACACACGCCUGAUGAUUUGGAUAUGGAGGAUAAUGAUCUUAUUGAAGCCCAUCGUUCCCAACAGGGUGGAUGUGCUUAG